AUGGUUAUCUUAUCUCGCCUGCACUACCUACAACAUAUUCAGUUGCGCCGCCUUGGCAGCAGCCUCCGUCCGCCGCCGUUUGGAAUGAAGCCAUUAUUACGUACUGUCGUAGGUACAACUGGAAUCUGUUUGAUGAGAAAUGCUUGGAAAGAGGACCAACAUCCAUCAUUCAUCAAUUUUAUCUCCACUUUCCUCUCUGCAAAUUCUUUUCGCCUAAACUUUGUCCCAAUUGCCCCGGACUUUAUAUUCAAUUGUGGGGGUUUAUCUGUAGCCUUCAUUUUUGUGUCAAACUGGGACUGCAAUAAUGUUGCUCCAAUCUUCAACAGAGUCAAGGAACUGAAGAUGCAAUUUGCACGGUUUUAUGUCGUCAUCGCACUCCCAGCAAAAGAGCAAAUGAAUUCAUUUAUUCAGUCAUAUUUCACAUUUGGCAUGGUGAUUGGCAAGCCUACAUUUGUGCCAGUUCAGGACUUGGAGAUGGGGUUUGAAAAGAUGGUGAAAAUAGCUCAUUCUUCUGGAGUAUACAAGCAAGAAAGAAUUGGAGAAAAAUUGAAAGAGGAGGUCAGUUGGUUGAUUCUACAUUCAUACACUGUAAUUGUGCUUGGAGUCCCUUCAGAAAUGAAAAAUAAUAUUGAUGUACGAAUUUUGAUAUGGAUUUUGAAGAGGAAGCAGUUAGUGCAAAGAAUGGACUUUUACCUUAAGGUGGUUACAUCCAUCCCAGGCAUUGACAAUCACGAUGCAAAUGCGCUUAGCCAAGCUAUUGGUUCUGUCCAAGCAAUUGCCAAGGCGUCAAAAGAGCAAAUUCUAGAGAACACAGAUCUUUCUACUAACAAGGCAGAGGUGGUUUCAAGGUUUCUCAGGGACCCAAAGUUUUACUCGCGUCCCAAGAUCAAUUGA